GUGGGCCGCAGGGAUGACAGCAGCGGGGGUGGCAGCGGCUGCCGCGCGGGGCUGAGCGAGCCGCGAGCGAGCCGCGGGGAAGAGGAGGAAGUGGAGCCGCGGCCCGGAGCUCCGGAGUCAGCCGCCGCGCCGAAGUCCGCCCCAUUUUGCAGAGCGAGCCGAGUCCGGACCUGGGAAGACUUCCCCGCCGGGCUCCGGCCGCCGCGGCUGCGAGCGUCCCUGCCUGCGCCUUGCCCUGCCCCGCCUGUCCCAGCCAGGGGUUCUGCGCCGGGACGCUCCCAGCCCCGCGAUCCCGGGCGUUGUGGCGGGGACGCCCUGAGCCCCCGACCCAAUCGGGGCGGGACGCUCCUGGCCCACCAUACGGGUCCAUGGUUGCGGGCUUGGUCCCAGCCUUUCUAUAGUGUGUGUCGGAGCCCUCCGCCUGAGACCCAGCUUAAGGCAGGUGCCCAGCAGCCCCCCGACUGAGUGCAAAGGAGCGCAGAAGCCCCCAGGCUCGGGCUCCCGAGACCUGAAGCUUCAGCUGCCUUCGCCGGGUGUUUCGGACUUGGGACCGUGCGAACGCCCAGGAAGCCCCGGCCCGGGUCCAGCGCCCCGUGAGGAGUCCCAGGCGGGCUGGGCAGUCGGACUGAGCCGGACCGAGCUGGUGCUGCGAGCCGAAGCUGCCACCUUUUCUGCCGCCUCAGGCGAGGGGCUCAGCGCUUGCCCCGAAGAAGGGAGCACAGGGCUCCCCCCCUGGCCCGGCGGCCGGCCAGAGCCGAGGGCUGCAGCUUUCCCAGGGAAGUGACAUCACCACCUCCGUGGACAGGACAUCCUCAGGAGCCCCGCUCACAGCCACUGAUACCUUCUUCCAGGAUCGGCCGGAGGCCUCCAUGGGCGCCUGAGGGCCGGGCACCCGGCGGCAGGUGAGAGCAUGGUGAGACACCAGCCGCUGCAGUACUAUGAGCCCCAGCUGUGCCUCUCCUGCCUCACGGGCAUCUACGGCUGCCGCUGGAAGCGCUACCAGCGGUCCCACGAUGACACCACGCCGUGGGAACGCCUCUGGUUCUUGCUGCUCACCUUCACCUUCGGCCUCACGCUCACCUGGCUCUAUUUCUGGUGGGAAGUCCGCAACGACUAUGAUGAAUUCAACUGGUACCUCUACAACCGCAUGGGCUACUGGAGUGACUGGUCUGUGCCCAUCUUCGUGACCACUGCCGCUGCCUCCACCUACAUCACGGGCCUCCUGGUCCUGGCACUAUGUCACAUUGCCGUGGGCCAGCAGAUGAACCUGCACUGGCUGCACAAGAUAGGGCUGGUGGUCAUCCUCGUGUCCACGGUGGUGGCCAUGUCAGCCGUGGCCCAGCUGUGGGAGGACGAGUGGGAGGUGCUGCUCAUCUCCUUGCAGGGCACAGCGCCAUUCCUGCACGUGGGGGCCCUGGCCGCCAUCACUGCGCUCUCCUGGAUCGUGGCGGGACAGUUCGCCCGGGCAGAACGAUCCUCCUCCCAGAUGGCCAUUCUCUUUACCUUCUUCACCGUGGUGUUUGCCUUCUACCUGGUGCCUCUCACCAUCUCCUCUCCCUGCAUCAUGGAGAAGAAGGAUCUGGGCCCCAAGCCAGCCCUCAUCGGCCACCGCGGCGCCCCCAUGCUGGCCCCAGAGCACACGCUGAUGUCCUUCCAGAAGGCCCUGGAACAGAAGCUGUAUGGGUUACAGGCUGAUGUCACCAUCAGCCUGGAUGGCGUGCCCUUCCUCAUGCAUGACAACACCCUGCGGCGAACCACUAACGUGGCGGAGGAAUUCCCGGAGUUCGCCCGCAGGCCCGCCUCCAUGCUGAACUGGACCAUCCUGCAGAGGCUCAAUGCUGGCCAGUGGUUCCUGAAGACGGAUCCCUUCUGGACGGCCAGCUCCCUGUCGCCCUCUGACCACAGGGAGGCGCAGAACCAGUCCAUCUGCAGCUUGGCAGAGCUCCUGGAGUUGGCCAAGGGCAACGCCACACUGCUGCUCAACCUGCGUGACCCGCCUCGGGAGCACCCGUACCGUGGCAGCUUCCUCAACGUCACGCUGGAGGCCCUGCUGCGCUCCGGCUUCCCCCAACACCAGGUCAUGUGGCUGCCCAACCGGCAGAGGCCCUUCGUGCGGAAGGUGGCUCCUGGCUUCCAGCAGACGUCGGGCUCCAAGGAGGCGGCCACCAGCCUGCGGAGAGGCCACAUCCAGAGGCUGAACCUGCGCUACACUCAGGUGUCCCGCCAGGAGCUCAGGGACUAUGCGUCCUGGAACCUGAGUGUGAACCUCUACACGGUCAACGCGCCGUGGCUGUUCUCCCUGCUGUGGUGCGCGGGGGUCCCCUCUGUCACCUCCGACAACUCCCACACCCUGUCCCAGGUGCCUUCCCCCCUCUGGAUCAUGCCCCCAGACGAGUACUGUCUCAUGUGGGUCACCGCGGACCUGAUCUCCUUCAUGCUCAUCAUUGGCAUCUUCGUGCUCCAGAAGUGGCGCCUGGGUGGCAUACGGAGCUACAACCCCGAGCAGAUCAUGCUGAGUGCUGCGGUGCGCCGGACCAGCCGGGAUGUCAGCAUCAUGAAGGAGAAGCUCAUCUUCUCAGAGAUCAGCGAUGGCAUGGAGGUCUCCGAUGAGCUCUCUGUAUGCUCAGACAACAGUUAUGACACGUACGCCAACAAUGCUCCCACCCCUAUGGAUAACCGCAGGAGCGGCAGCCGCACCAAGACGCUCACGGACCGCAGUGGGCGUUAGCCGAAGACCUGUCUGUCCCAGCCUGUACCUACUGUGGAGACCAGGGAACCCAAGAGAGCUGGCAGAAGCAUGUCUGGCCUGGGAGUGCUCUGGGAGCUGGCUCCAUGGCCUCCUCGUUGGCUCCAGCCCUCUGUCAGCCAUGGCCUCCCUUGGAGGGGGUUCCCCUCUCUCCUGAGGCCCACUUGGGUCAGGACUCCAGCCUCACAGAUGCCCCUGCAGGCCUGGGGCUCCUUCUGGAAAGUUUGGAGCCUGGGGCCUGGUCCUCCCCUGGAGGCCUUCCCUUAUAUCCUGAUCUGGAAGCUCUGAUGAGUCACUGGGCUAUGCCAUGCCCCCUGUGGCAGUUGAGAAUGUGGAUGUCCACCUGUCCGUCCUCCUGUCUAUCCUCAGAGGCAACCGACUCCUGCAUGUCUCCUGCCUCAAGGGCCUGGACUGGGCCUCUGUUCAUGUCAGUCUCAAAAGCACAAGGAUUUUCAGCCCAGGAGGAAAGCCUGCUGCAGUGGUGGAGACACUCCUCCCCGACCGGCCUCCUACCACCACUGGCCCUGCCCCAGGAGAGGGACCGAGCCACGUCCCCAGGAGCAGCUGGAGACGGCCAGAAGAGUAGGCUUAAGGCUGCUUUUACCCCUUACCUAAGUGUCCAGCAGGCCUCUAGGGCAGAGUGGCUCAGAGGCCCAGGAGAUCCACAGACUGACACAACCUCAGGUUUCCACAUCUGUGGCCACAGGGCAGUGGCCACGUGGGAAAGAGUGUUCUAGGCAUGGCCAAGGGUGGGCAUAUGGCCAAGGAAGCCUACAGCAGGGCGAACCUGAGGGCCUUGGUCAAUAUGAUUAAAGCUGCCAUCUUGA